GGGGGGGGAGAGAGAGAUCCCCCACCGGAGCAGGAAGCUGCAGCUGGGACUGCCGUGAAGACAGAGCUGCUGCCGCUGCUGCUACAAAACAACGUCGACAUCAGCAGGCAGCAGGAGGGGGGGAGAUCCACCAUAAUGUAGACCAAACAAGAGCAGAGGACAACAACCAACCGAGCAACACGAGCACAGGCUGGUGUCGAGGGGAGCCGCGGGUGAAAACAGAAGCAGUGUUUUAAUAUUUGCAUGUGGAAAAUGAAGGAGCUGAAGGGCUGCGGUAUGCGCUCCUCGGUGGGCUUUCUGUCCCGCAGAGAGCUGACCGGGCAGCCGCUCAUGAAGGAGGAGUUCCAGCGGCGCAGGCUAGCCGGCUGCACCAGCCUCUACAAGAAGGACAUGCUCGGACACUUCGGCUGCGUCAACGCCAUUGAGUUCUCCAACAACGGCGGUGAAUGGUUGGUGUCUGGUGGAGAUGACCGCCGAGUGCUUCUGUGGCACAUGGAGAAAGCCAUCCAUGCUCGGUCCAAACCUGUGAAACUGAAAGGGGAGCACCUGUCCAACAUCUUCUGCCUGGCCUUUGACAGCACCAACAAAAAGGUCUUCUCUGGUGGAAAUGAUGAACAGGUGAUUCUUCAUGAUGUGGAGAGAAGGGAAACUCUGAACGUGUUCCUGCACAUCGAUGCCGUGUACAGUCUGUCUGUCAGCCCGGUCAAUGACAACGUGUUUGCCAGCUCGUCUGACGACGGACGCGUUCUUAUCUGGGACACUCGUGAGCCACCUCACGGAGAGCCGUUCUGCUUGGCCAGUUACCCCUCAGCCUUCCACAGCGUGAUGUUCAACCCUGUCGAGCCCAGACUGCUGGCGACUGCCAACUCCAAGGAGGGCGUUGGAUUAUGGGACAUCCGCAAGCCACGCAGCUCUCUGCUGCGUUACGGAGGCAGCAUGUCCCUGCAGAGCGCCAUGAGCGUUCGCUUCAACAGCACGGGCACCCAGCUGCUGGCGUUGCGUCGCCGCCUGCCGCCCGUCCUCUACGAGCUGCACUCCCGCCUGCCCAGCUUCCAGUUCGACAACCAGGGCUACUUCAACUCCUGCACCAUGAAAAGCUGCUGCUUCGCCGGGGACAAAGAUCAGUACAUCUUGUCCGGGUCAGACGACUUCAACCUCUACAUGUGGAAAAUCCCAAAAGACCCAGAAGCAGGUGGCGCUGGUCGUGUGGUGAACGGGGCUUUCAUGGUCCUGAAGGGUCACCGCUCCAUAGUGAACCAGGUUCGCUUCAACCCUCACACCUACAUGAUCUGCUCCUCCGGCGUGGAGAAAGUCAUCAAGGUGUGGAGUCCCUAUCAGCAGCCCGACAGUCUUGGAGACCUGGAGGGACGUGUGGAGGACAAGUCACGCAGCCUCUACACCCAUGAGGAAUACAUCAGUCUGGUGCUCAACAGCGGCAGCGGUCUGUCUCACGACUACGUCAGCCAGUCCAUCCAGGAGGACCCGCGCAUGAUGGCUUUCUUUGACUCGCUGGUGCGUCGAGAAAUCGAGGGCUGGAGCUCAGACUCUGACAGCGACCUGAGCGAGGAGGCUAUCAUGCAGCUCCACGCCCGUGGCCGCCGCUCUACGCGGGCUACACCGGCGGCUCCCGUCGUUGCCUCGGCUGCUGCCGCCGCUGCUGCUGCCGCCGCCGCUGCUGCUGCUGCUGCAGCUCACCACAGUGACUCUGAUAACUCCUCCUCCUCCUCCCUGGCUGGACCGGAUGCUUCAGGAGGGGAAGAGCAAGCUGCAGCAGACGGGGAGGAGCAGCCGAGGAGGCGAAGCAGGCAUCAGAGGCACCAGUCGGGCUUCCUGGUGAACGAGGACUCAGACUCGAGUGAGUUUUGGCUCGACCCCAUGCCUCGGCCUCGUUCUCCAAGCCCCAGGGACAACUCCACACUGUCCAGCCCCACCUCCUCCCCUUCACUUCCUGCUGGAGCCUCCAGCUCCUCCACAUCCACUUCCAGCUCCAGCAGUGACGACGAGGAACGUCGCAGCGCAGUGAGGCGGCGCAACGUGAUGAGGCGGCGACGCAUGCACGUGGUCUCAAGAGCUGAGGAGCGACCCGAGUCUGUACAGGCUCUGUUUUCAGCGAUCGACUCCUGCAGUUACCCGUCGAUCUCGAUCGAUGACCUGUCUUCCUCCUCGUCCGGCGAGGAACAAAACUCUCUCGAAGUUAAGCCGUGCAUCGGCGGCGGCAGAGACGAGGACAAAUGUCUGAGCCCUUCGGACUUUGUGUGUCUGAGCCCAGUAAUGUCUCCCGAGAGUCAAGAGAAUGAGGAAGGGAGUGACAGGACUGAGCAGGGAAGACAUUCAGCUGCAUCUCCUCCAUCACUGGAUGCACACAGGACUGAAGGGAGGGCUUCUUUAGAGAGCUCCGAUAGCGGAGAGGCGUGUAGCAGCUCGGCGGCUGCAGACAGUAACACUCAGAGCCGGCGUAGCCCUGGAGUGAACGGGCAGCACCGGACUGUGGCACCAGGAUACAUGAGUGAGAACCUCCAUGUGUCCUCAGAAUCAGAGGAAGACAACAAGCCACAGAGAGACGGGCCGUCCUCUCAAAAAGGCUCAGCACAGAGCGCUCUGAAACGGACUCAUAUGAGAUCAGAGGAGGGCGAGUCAGGAUCCUCACCCUCGGAAAAGAAGUUAAAAACAUAAUGACACCUGUUUCUUCCACCCCCUGGAAAUAAAUCAUUUGUUAACAGACUUAAUUUAGGAAGUGGGUUUUCUAUGGGUUUUUACAACUCAGCUUUUUUCAUUUUGCGUCCUUGUUGAAGUCAUGUGACACAUAUGAACUCACACUGCUGACAAGCAGAAGACGUUAAGGAACUUUAAAAAAAAAAAAAGAAAAAAAGAAGGUGUGAUUAUUUUUUUUGUUUCAGAACAAAUGAAUUGGAACGUGUCGUCAUUCUUGAGGUCAAACCACAGAUGACAUUAAAAGAUUGGGAAUAAAAAAAACACAAGCUAAAUGUUGUCGAUAACAAAAGGUAUUUUAAGUGAAGCGCUACUCGUUUAUUUUCCUGCAGCAUCAGUGUUUCUUUCUCAUGCUCUGGUUGUUGCACAGAGCUCCACCCAGGAUUUGGAGCACCUCCAAGCAUAACAAAAAAAAAAAAGUCUUAUGGAGGACAAAAGCUUUGCAGCGUUUUAAUUUCUUGUGUUUCACACUGAGCUUAAAUCUGAUUGGGCUUAUUUUCAUUUUUAAGUGAUUGUUAGCUGAGACUGCUUCAGGGUGCCUGAAGAAUUGACUGUGUCUCCGUAGAAAUCCUAAGGAGCACCAUUUGUUUAAGCUGUGCAUUGAAAAUGAUGCUUUCAGUGUCUCUACCAGUUGUUUUUUUGUCUCAUUAUCCAGCCCCUGGGUACCAUUACAAGCCAGCGCUCGCUUUUGUUUUCCUGCAAUUAAAGAAUCAUUUGUUCUCCA